AUGGCUAAAGAAGGAAAUGGUGGAAACACAUUCCUUACAUGGUUAGAUGUUUCUGUUGGCAAACAAGUAGCUAAUUUUCCAACAAAAUGUGGGGCUCUACACGUUCUAACACAAAAUCCGUCAAAUGCAAUAAUUGUUGGAGGAAAUUCCCGUGGUUUAGUAACAAUGUGGUCACCAAAUGUUCAAAAACCGUUAAUUGAAAUGUUUGCACAUAAAGGGCCAAUUUUGGGUAUUUCUAUAAAUUCAAAUGGAAAUUAUAUGGCAACGAGUGGAUUGGACAAUAAAUUGAGAAUUUGGGAUUUGAGGAAGAAUUAUAGUGAAUUGGCUGUUUAUUCUGGCCCUUUAGUACAUUAUUCACAUGUUGCUUUUAGUCAACGAAAUUUUUUGGCGGUUAAUUCGGGGAAUAAUUUACAGAUUCUCAAAAACCCUCAUUUGGGUCAAUCCACCACACCCUAUUUAAUGCAUAAAUGUGAAGGAGCAAUUACAGAUUUAAAAUUUUGUCCCUACGAAGAUGUUUUGGGUGUUGGACACACUUUAGGGUUGUCAAGUCUUUUAAUACCCGGUGCUGGACAAGCAAAUUUUGAUUCGUUACGAGCAAAUCCAUUUGAAUCGAAACAACAAAGAAAAGAGAGAGAAGUGAAAAUGUUACUUGAUAAGAUUCAACCAGAAUUAAUAACAUUAAAUCCUGCAGAUAUUAACCGGGUUAAUCGAAAAGGAUUAAAAUCAACAAUGGAAUACAGAAAUAAUGUAAUGCAUAUAAAGCCUUCAAUUAUUGAAGAUUUCAAAUAA